CCUUACUUUAGCUUACGUUGCCCGAGUUACCAGUCAUGGCAAGCAUUCAUGGGAGAUGCAACAGUAAUCGGCUUUACGUAUGGAUUGAAUGGAGAUAGCUCGAGUUAGCGCCAAAGCCUUCCUGUACACCAUCUCCUUUGUCGACUUUAGACACUCUAAUGCCAUUGCGCAUGAUCACGAGCAAAGCACUCUCGAUAGUGCACUCUGGAAGUGUUCCAUCGGCUGCCCGCCCACAUCACAUGCAGUGUCAUUCACGCUGGUGUCUUGACGCAUAUGCAUCGAACGUUGUCCUUCCGAAGCAUCGCCGGACCAGAAACGUCCGGUUUCUCUGGGUCACGCAGCUGCCAUCAUUCAAAUUCCAAGAGGCCUAGGCACCCCAUCAAAGUUGGUUCGAAGACUUCAGGGACUGCAGACACAAGAAAAUGUUUCUUUUCAUUGGUUGUUGAUGCCGACACCUCAGGAUUACAAUCCUGUCUGCAUUUAUACCAUACGUUCUACAAACAUAGUUUCUCUCGCUGACCAAGUUGGCAUGAACUCUACAAAACUGUGACACGAAGCUCUGUACUGACGCUACCACAGCGCACGAAGCCGUUAUGGCGAUUGACAACCUCGAUAGGUACGUCAACGAGUUCUUCCUGAAAGGCCUCCAGGUGGACGAGCGCGAUGACGAAGCUGAGGGUACCGCCGCCUUCACUCAAGCUAUCAUGAAAUACGGCGUGCAGUGGACGUACAGAGAGGAGCUUUCAAUCAAGGAUGCUGCCGUACUCCGGCGAAUUUUGAGCACAGGACCACCAGUCAGGAAGCUUAUUCUGCACCGAAUUUCACUUUGCCCGUUCAAGGUCGCUUUUAACAACCGGGAGGUGUGCCGCUCGCUAGAGGAAGUUCACAUUGAUUACGUCGACUGCGAAGGCAAGGCCUUGAGCGUCAGUCUCUGUGGAAUGUUUCAAAGCCUGCGCUCGCUUUUCCUGUGCUGUGUUAACCCCGGGAACACAUUCGCGGAUGACAUUGCGAGCUACAUCCGACAUAACAGUUCACUGAGGAAACUCGGCCUCUGUAACUCCUGCGGUGGUGACAAAGGUGCUGCCACCCUAAUGGAAGCACUAACCGGAAACGACACUCUCAAGACAUUUUCCCUGGCCGACAUGGAUCUAUCUUCCGACACCCUAACGGGCUUCGCCAAUGUGCUGGCAUCCAAUUCGACGUUGGAGAUGGUGAGCCUAACUGCCGUGUGUCCGGUGGAAAAGGAGAAGGUGACGUGGUUGCUGGGACAGGAACGGUACGCCGGUGUGUUCAGGAGGCUUAAGAUUCAGUGGCCCGAACGGCUUCUGCCCGAGCUCACCGCACUUCUCCGCAAGGGAGGCUGCUGUCCGGAGUUGUCCGUCACCGUUACCUCCUCGACGUGCGAUGGAGUUCUUCGGGAGUUCUUCGAGGCCCUUGCAGCAGACAAGGCUGUGCGUGGGCUCCACUUCCUCUCCAACGAGGACACGUUCGAGGCGUUCGCUGACGGCAUCGCGUUCGUACUGAAGAGCACGACCACACUCCGUGCCGUCAGGAUAGACAUGUGCGUUGACUCCCCUCAAGCGCAUCAGCUCAUCGGCAUUUUCGACGCCUUGAAACAGAACCAUUCCGUCACCAAGUUCGCUAUAAACGCCGAAGACGUCACGCCCGAAAUAGCAACGUCACUGUCCGAGUUGCUGGCUGUUAACAACACGCUAAACGACGUGGCCAUUUUCAAUUACUGCGAAGUUUCGUCCGGCGAGAUGGAGACCAUCGUGAAGGGUUCGAAGACAAACUACACCUUGACCAGCUUCGCCGUCUUCGGCGAACCCGACUCCGAAGGGAUCCGCGAGAUGUCCGCGAUUUUACGAAGGAACAAUCGCCUCAAGGACAAGGCUGCACAGUUCGUGAUUUCGGGCGCAGACGCUGGCGACGAGACAGGCGUGGAUGCCCUGAGGAAAGUGCACUCAAGCGAUGACCUCGUGCUGCAGCUGCAGAGGCUUACUGGCUGGACAAGGGAGGAGGCGUUAGAAAACGUACGGUCAGCUUUAGCCUCCGUAUCUUCGCGAAGAAUGGUGUAGAGCAAAUGGUAACGUCUUCGAAUACGUCGGCAAUGUAUUGUAGCCUUUACAUUGCCUUUAACUGGCAGUGUUUUGUGUGAAAUGUGUAACAAUGGUUAUUUUGAGAGAUUACUUCAACUGGUUGUGUGACAGCAUGUACACAAGUGAUGCAUGUAUAUUGCAUACGCCCACAACAUUUUUGUGUGUUGGAACCGUUGGAACAUUGUUUGAUAUAUUACCUAAUUUGGUGUAUGAGUAGAAUAUUCUUUUGCAUUUUAUGUAUUUACACGUGCUGUGGGAACAAAUGCGGUAGAUCUUAAUCGUUCUGUUAGUCAAUGUCAAACGAAGCACUAAGCAGCUUAGUAUAUGCCAAUACGUAGUAUUUCUUUAUUGCUUUAAUUUUUGUAGGUUGGACCGAUUUCUUUGAGCAUUUUUAGUAGUUAUGUGCAUGUCGUGAGCAAGCUCGUACUUAGAAAUGCUUAGGGGGGGGGGGGGGAUAGAGCACUUGCUGAGUAUAUUCGAGAAAUUUGCUUAUUUGAGGAAGCAGCAACUCGGAGGUGAAAGAGGCUCAUAGUGCCCUCACCCUCUCCGGCUUCCUGGAUACGGAAUUGAUCGUGAGCUUAGCAGACACGUAGACUAGACACUGAUGCUCAAAUAUUGCUACAUUGUACGACGUAACGCCGAUACUCAUGUUACAGCGCACGUGUCAGUUUCACCAAAAUGAAGUGCCUGUUAUACCGUGCGAUGAUGUAUUGUAUGCAAUAAACGUUUACCGUCGUA